AUUAGCUCUUGAGGAUGGAUGUUUCCACGGGGACUGUGAGGAUGUCCCAGAAGUGGAUGCUGAGAUGGGUCGUCCUAUUGGUCGGGCUGCAGUCCGUACAAGCAGACUUUAUGGGAGAUUAUGCAGACAUGGAAAAUCCUAUGGACUUUACCUGGCCGCCAACAACAACACCAGUUUUCACCACUACGACUGUGAUGGUAACAAAAGGUGAAGUGAAUCCUGAUCAUCAGUCCACGAUCUGCAGCACAUGGGGAAAUUUCCACUUCAAGACAUUUGAUGGUCAUUUCUUUCAAGUGCCAGACACGUGCAACUACGUUCUGGCGGUGAUGUGUGACAGCACAAAUUCUGACUUUAACAUCCAAAUGCAAAGAGAGACUGUGAAUGACUCAAUCACUUUUAGCACAGUCUCAAUAAAGCUGGAAGGGACAGUCAUCAAAAUCACUAACGGCGACAUCACUAUGGACAAUCAGGCCGUGUCUGUUCCAAUCAAUCAGAAUGGACUUAAAAUCGAGGGAAGUCAAACAAGUAUUAAGAUCUCCAAAUAUGGAUUGACUGUCUUUUGGGAAGAGGACAACUCUAUAUUGAUUGAACUUGCAGAGAAGUACCGAGGUCAGACCUGUGGACUCUGUGGAAACUACAAUGGCAACAAGAAUGAUGAUAUUUCUGAAAACGGUCCAGCCAGAUGGAAGGUGUCCACACCAACCGAAUCCUGCGAGGACGUUAUACUUCCACCCAGGGAUCAGUGCAACCAGACAAGUGUUUGCCAGCAGUAUCUCAGCAGUCCAGGGUUUAGCGACUGUUACAAUGUGAUGGACAUGGGUUCAUUUGAAGAGGCCUGUGUGAACGACCUGUGUCAAUGUUACGGCAAUUACGACUGUCUCUGCAACACACUCACGGAGAUUUCACGACAGUGCACACAUGCUGGAGGAAAUCCAGGAACAUGGAGGACAGAGCAGCUCUGCCCAAAGACAUGUCCUCUAAACAUGCAAUACCUGGAGUGUGGAAGUCCGUGCAAGAACACCUGCAAAGAUCCAACCGCAAGUCUAAUGUGCAACGAACACUGUGUGGACGGCUGUUUCUGCCCUGAAGGCACCGUUGAAGACGACAUUGGUCAGAGUGGAUGUGUUCCUGUGAACCAGUGCCCAUGUGAUCACGAUGGCACAGUAUAUCGAUCAGGAGAGUCUUACCAACAAGCUUGUAAAGAAUGUGUGUGUGACGCGGGACACUGGACCUGUACACACCUGGAAUGUCCCGGAAUCUGCUCUGUUGUGGGAGGGUCUCACGUCACCACCUAUGAUGGAAAGAGCUUCACCUUCAGCGGGAACUGUGACUACAUCCUCACUAAGCACUCUAAUGACAGUGAUAUUGCUGUUGUGGGAAACCUGGAAAAGUGUGAUCCGGCCCGAACAGACACAUGUCUAAAUUCAGUGACCCUUGUCAUCUCGGGGACCACUAUUCGUUUUUCCUCCACUGGAGAUGUCACACUAAAUGGAAACAGCCCAUUAAAGCUUCCUGCUACCGAAGGUCCUGUGAGCAUCUUCCAGCCCUCUUCCUCCUUCAUUAUUGCUGAUAUGAAGAGUCUUCGUCUAGAGAUCCAGUUGGCUCCAGUCAUGCAGUUGUAUAUAGUAGCCAGCACUAAGGAGAAAGGAAAAAUGAGCGGUCUCUGUGGAAACUAUAACGACAUCCAAACAGAUGACUUUAAAACAGAAUCAGGCAUCAUAGAGGGCACACCGAUAACUUUUGUCAACUUUUGGAAGAAAAACCCAUACAGCUGUCCAGAUCUUGAAAACACUUUUGACAACCCCUGUAGUCUGAGUGUGGACACAGAGACCCUUGCUAAAGACUGGUGUUCCCGUCUCACAAACCCAAAUGGCACCUUCUCCCAAUGUCAUUCAGAAAUAUGUCCUGAGAUUUACUACCAAUGGUGUGUCUAUGACACCUGCAAGUGUGCAGAUAUUAGGAAGUGUAUGUGUGCGGCCGUGUCCACGUAUGCCCACGCAUGUGCUGCCAAAGGAGUCAUUCUCCAGGGCUGGAUGGAUUCAGACCCCUGUGUAUCCGAGUGUUCAGGAAACAUGAAGUACUCUUACGGAGUGACCAGCUGUGGAAGCACCUGCCGCUCUCUCAGUGUACAAGAUAACACCUGCCAAGGGUCCUUCACACCUGUAGAUGGCUGUGUCUGUCCUGAGGGAACAUACCUCAACGAAGCCGGCAGCUGUGUACAUGCUGACCAGUGUCCUUGUUACAAAGGUGACAAGGUCAUAGAGUCAUCAGGAGUAUCCUACAUAGAUGGUGAAGCAUGCACCUGUAACCUUGGCAAAUUGCAUUGCUCCAGUCCAGAAGACUGCGUGGCUCCGAUGGUCUUCUUCAAAUGCUCAAAUUAUGAACCUGGAAAAAAGGGAACAGAAUGUCAAAGGACAUGUCAAAACCAAGACCUAAACAACUGCGUGAGCACAGGGUGUGUAUCAGGGUGUAUGUGUCCAGACGGCCUUCUGGCUGAUGGCAAUGGUGGGUGUGUGGAGAGGGAAAAAUGCAAUUGUACCCACAACGGAGUCUCCUAUUCUCCUGGGGGCCAAGUUCAGCAGGACUGUAACACCUGCACGUGCAUAAACGGGAUGUGGAGUUGUACAGAUAAAGAGUGUUACGGCACCUGUACCGUCUUUGGCGACGGCCAUUUCAAGACUUUUGAUGGCAGGAAAUAUUCCUUCCACGGAGACUGUGAACACACCUUAGCCCACGAUUACUGCAAUCAAGAACAGAGUCCGUAUUCUUUACGCCUGGUCACAGAGAACAUUCCCUGUGGCAGCAGCAGCACCAUUUGCUCCAAGUCCAUUAAUCUCUUUUUUGGGAGAUACAAGUUGGUUUUAUCCGAAGAGAAUGGGAUUAAAGUUGUUGAAAGCAAUGGCACUGAAUACCAAUAUCAAAUCCAUACAGCUGGGAUAUACAAUGUCAUAGAGGUCAAAGGUCUUUUGAACUUAAUCUGGGACAAUAAAACGAGUCUGAUGCUCCAACUCCAUCCUAAAUUUAAGGGAAAGGUGUGUGGACUGUGUGGAAACUUUGAUGGUAAUGCGAACAAUGACUUUGUAAAGCACGAUGGAGAAGAGGUGACUGAUGCAGUGGCAUUUGGGAAUAGUUGGAAGGUGAAUCCCAGCUGUCCAGAAAUGAGUACCUUGAUGAACCCAUGUGAACAAAAUCCACAUCGGAGUGCCUGGGCUAUCAAACAAUGCAGCAUCAUCACAAGCCCUGUCUUUACAGACUGCCAUUCACGUGUGGCCCCUGCCCCAUACUAUGAUGCCUGUGUAAGGGACACCUGUGCAUGUGACAGCGGAGGUGACUGUGAUUGUUUCUGUACUGCAGUGGCAGCUUAUGCUGCUGAAUGCCGUAAAAAAGGAGCUUGUGUGGCAUGGAGGAGUCCAAACAUUUGCCCUUUAUUCUGUGAGUACUACAACAACCCUCAAAAGGAAUGCGAGUGGCACUACAAAGCUUGUGGAUCGACCUGCAUGAAAACUUGCAGAAACCCAGCAGGAACCUGCUCUAAUCAAAUUCCUCUCCUGGAGGGGUGUUUUCCUCAGUGCCCUUCAGAGAGGCCAUUUUUGAGGGAGGACACCAGGAAAUGUGUUACAGAGGCAGAAUGUGUUUCUCUGUGUACCUAUGAUGGGAAGAUAUAUACUACCGGAGAAGUGGUGUACGAUACCACAGAUGGGAAUGGAACAUGUUUUACUGCUCUAUGUGGAUCUAAUGGCAUGAUAAUAAGAACUAUUACAAAAUGCAUGACAACAACUACGCCAUUCACUUUCACAACACCACCACAAACUACUAAAACAACAAUCACAAUACCGACCGCCCAGAUUUUCACUUCAGCACCUACUACAGUAACACUAACAACACCGAAAAUGCCGACAGCAACUACAACUGCUGUUCCACCAACAUUACCUGGAAUUACUACUAGUAUUACUGCUGAAACACCAUCUACAGAAUCUCCACCUCCCACAGGAACAGAAACACCAUCAACAGCUACAACAACUGCUGCUCCAUCAACACCAACAGCACCUGAAAUUUCUACUACUGCUGUUACUGCUCCAACACCAUUUAUCGAAACAUCCCCUCCCACAGGAACAGAAACACCAUCAACAGCUACAACAACUGCUGCUCCAUCAACACCAACAGCACCUGGAAUCACUACUGCUGUUACUGCUCCAACACCAUUUAUCGAAACAUCUCCUCCCACAGGAACAGAAACACCAUUAACAGCUACAACAACUGCUGCUCCAUCAACACCAACAGCACCUGAAAUUUCUACUACUGCUGUUACUGCUCCAACACCAUUUAUCGAAACAUCACCUCCCACAGGAACAGAAACACCAUCAACAGCUACAACAACUGCUGCUCCAUCAACACCAACAGCACCUGAAAUUUCUACUACUGCUGUUACUGCUCCAACACCAUUUAUCGAAACAUCUCCUCCCACAGGAACAGAAACACCAUCAACAGCUACAACAACUGCUGCUCCACCAACACCAACAGCACCUGAAAUUUCUACUACUGCUGUUUCUGCUCCAACACCAUUUAUCGAAACAUCACCUCCCACAGGAACAGAAACACCAUCAACUGCUACUACAACUGCUGCUCCAUCAACACCAACAGCACCUGAAAUUUCUACUACUGCUGUUACUGCUCCAACACCAUUUAUCGAAACAUCCCCUCCCACAGGAACAGAAACACCAUCAACAGCUACUACAACUGCUGCUCCAUCAACACCAACAGCACCUGAAAUUUCUACUACUGCUGUUACUGCUCCAACACCAUUUAUCGAAACAUCUCCUCCCACAGGAACAGAAACACCAUCAACAGCUACAACAACUGCUGCUCCACCAACACCAACAGCACCUGAAAUUUCUACUACUGCUGUUUCUGCUCCAACACCAUUUAUCGAAACAUCACCUCCCACAGGAACAGAAACACCAUCAACUGCUACUACAACUGCUGCUCCAUCAACACCAACAGCACCUGAAAUUUCUACUACUGCUGUUACUGCUCCAACACCAUUUAUCGAAACAUCACCUCCCACAGGAACAGAAACACCAUCAACUGCUACUACAACUGCUGCUCCAUCAACACCAACAGCACCUGAAAUUUCUACAACUGCUGCUCCACCAACACCAACAGCACCUGAAAUUUCUACUACUGCUGUUACUGCUCCAACACCAUUUAUCGAAACAUCACCUCCCACAGGAACAGAAACACCAUCAACAGCUACAACAACUGCUGCUCCAUCAACACCUACAUCACCUGGAAUUUCUACUACUGCUGUUACUGCUCCAACACCAUUUAUCGAAACAUCCCCUCCCACAGGAACAGAAACACCAUCAACAGCUACAACAACUGCUGCUCCAUCAACACCAACAGCACCUGAAAUUUCUACUACUGCUGUUACUGCUCCAACACCAUUUAUCGAAACAUCUCCUCCCACAGGAACAGAAACACCAUCAACAGCUACAACAACUGCUGCUCCAUCAACACCAACAGCACCUGAAAUUUCUACUACUGCUGUUACUGCUCCAACACCAUUUAUCGAAACAUCCCCUCCCACAGGAACAGAAACACCAUCAACAGCUACUACAACUGCUGCUCCAUCAACACCAACAGCACCUGAAAUUUCUACUACUGCUGUUACUGCUCCAACACCAUUUAUCGAAACAUCCCCUCCCACAGGAACAGAAACACCAUCAACAGCUACAACAACUGCUGCUCCAUCAACACCAACAGCACCUGAAAUUUCUACUACUGCUGUUACUGCUCCAACACCAUUUAUCGAAACAUCUCCUCCCACAGGAACAGAAACACCAUCAACAGCUACAACAACUGCUGCUCCAUCAACACCAACAGCACCUGAAAUUUCUACUACUGCUGUUACUGCUCCAACACCAUUUAUCGAAACAUCCCCUCCCACAGGAACAGAAACACCAUCAACAGCUACUACAACUGCUGCUCCAUCAACACCAACAGCACCUGAAAUUUCUACUACUGCUGUUACUGCUCCAACACCAUUUAUCGAAACAUCCCCUCCCACAGGAACAGAAACACCAUCAACAGCUACUACAACUGCUGCUCCAUCAACACCAACAGCACCUGAAAUUUCUACUACUGCUGUUACUGCUCCAACACCAUUUAUCGAAACAUCUCCUCCCACAGGAACAGAAACACCAUCAACAGCUACAACAACUGCUGCUCCAUCAACACCAACAGCACCUGAAAUUUCUACUACUGCUGUUACUGCUCCAACACCAUUUAUCGAAACAUCCCCUCCCACAGGAACAGAAACACCAUCAACAGCUACAACAACUGCUGCUCCAUCAACACCAACAGCACCUGAAAUUUCUACUACUGCUGUUACUGCUCCAACACCAUUUAUCGAAACAUCUCCUCCCACAGGAACAGAAACACCAUCAACAGCUACAACAACUGCUGCUCCAUCAACACCAACAGCACCUGAAAUUUCUACUACUGCUGUUACUGCUCCAACACCAUUUAUCGAAACAUCCCCUCCCACAGGAACAGAAACACCAUCAACAGCUACAACAACUGCUGCUCCAUCAACACCAACAGCACCUGAAAUUUCUACUACUGCUGUUACUGCUCCAACACCAUUUAUCGAAACAUCCCCUCCCACAGGAACAGAAACACCAUCAACAGCUACAACAACUGCUGCUCCAUCAACACCAACAGCACCUGAAAUUUCUACUACUGCUGUUACUGCUCCAACACCAUUUAUCGAAACAUCUCCUCCCACAGGAACAGAAACACCAUCAACAGCUACAACAACUGCUGCUCCAUCAACACCAACAGCACCUGAAAUUUCUACUACUGCUGUUACUGCUCCAACACCAUUUAUCGAAACAUCUCCUCCCACAGGAACAGAAACACCAUCAACAGCUACAACAACUGCUGCUCCAUCAACACCAACAGCACCUGAAAUUUCUACUACUGCUGUUACUGCUCCAACACCAUUUAUCGAAACAUCUCCUCCCACAGGAACAGAAACACCAUCAACAGCUACUACAACUGCUGCUCCAUCAACACCAACAGCACCUGAAAUUUCUACUACUGCUGUUACUGCUCCAACACCAUUUAUCGAAACAUCCCCUCCCACAGGAACAGAAACACCAUCAACAGCUACUACAACUGCUGCUCCAUCAACACCAACAGCACCUGAAAUUUCUACUACUGCUGUUACUGCUCCAACACCAUUUAUCGAAACAUCACCUCCCACAGGAACAGAAACGCCAUCAACAGCUACUACAACUGCUGCUCCAUCAACACCAACAGCACCUGAAAUUUCUACUACUGCUGUUACUGCUCCAACACCAUUUAUCGAAACAUCACCUCCCACAGGAACAGAAACACCAUCAACAGCUACAACAACUGCUGCUCCACCAACACCAACAGCACCUGAAAUUUCUACUACUGCUGUUUCUGCUCCAACACCAUUUAUCGAAACAUCUCCUCCCACAGGAACAGAAACACCAUCAACAGCUACAACAACUGCUGCUCCAUCAACACCAACAGCACCUGAAAUUUCUACUACUGCUGUUACUGCUCCAACACCAUUUAUCGAAACAUCUCCUCCCACAGGAACAGAAACACCAUCAACAGCUACAACAACUGCUGCUCCAUCAACACCAACAGCACCUGAAAUUUCUACUACUGCUGUUACUGCUCCAACACCAUUUAUCGAAACAUCCCCUCCCACAGGAACAGAAACACCAUCAACAGCUACAACAACUGCUGCUCCAUCAACACCAACAGCACCUGAAAUUUCUACUACUGCUGUUACUGCUCCAACACCAUUUAUCGAAACAUCACCUCCCACAGGAACAGAAACACCAUCAACAGCUACUACAACUGCUGCUCCAUCAACACCAACAGCACCUGAAAUUUCUACUACUGCUGUUACUGCUCCAACACCAUUUAUCGAAACAUCCCCUCCCACAGGAACAGAAACACCAUCAACAGCUACAACAACUGCUGCUCCAUCAACACCAACAGCACCUGAAAUUUCUACUACUGCUGUUACUGCUCCAACACCAUUUAUCGAAACAUCUCCUCCCACAGGAACAGAAACACCAUCAACAGCUACUACAACUGCUGCUCCAUCAACACCAACAGCACCUGAAAUUUCUACUACUGCUGUUACUGCUCCAACACCAUUUAUCGAAACAUCUCCUCCCACAGGAACAGAAACACCAUCAACAGCUACAACAACUGCUGCUCCAUCAACACCAACAGCACCUGAAAUUUCUACUACUGCUGUUACUGCUCCAACACCAUUUAUCGAAACAUCCCCUCCCACAGGAACAGAAACACCAUCAACAGCUACUACAACUGCUGCUCCAUCAACACCAACAGCACCUGAAAUUUCUACUACUGCUGUUACUGCUCCAACACCAUUUAUCGAAACAUCCCUCCCACAGGAACAGAAACACCAUCAACAGCUACUACAACUGCUGCUCCAUCAACACCAACAGCACCUGAAAUUUCUACUACUGCUGUUACUGCUCCAACACCAUUUAUCGAAACAUCCCCUCCCACAGGAACAGAAACACCAUCAACAGCUACUACAACUGCUGCUCCAUCAACACCAACAGCACCUGAAAUUUCUACUACUGCUGUUACUGCUCCAACACCAUUUAUCGAAACAUCCCUCCCACAGGAACAGAAACACCAUCAACAGCUACUACAACUGCUGCUCCAUCAACACCAACAGAACAGAAACACCAUCAACAGCUACUACAACUGCUGCUCCAUCAACACCAACAGCACCUGAAAUUUCUACUACUGCUGUUACUGCUCCAACACCAUUUAUCGAAACAUCUCCUCCCACAGGAACAGAAACACCAUCAACAGCUACAACAACUGCUGCUCCAUCAACACCAACAGCACCUGAAAUUUCUACUACUGCUGUUACUGCUCCAACACCAUUUAUCGAAACAUCCCCUCCCACAGGAACAGAAACACCAUCAACAGCUACUACAACUGCUGCUCCAUCAACACCAACAGCACCUGAAAUUUCUACUACUGCUGUUACUGCUCCAACACCAUUUAUCGAAACAUCUCCUCCCACAGGAACAGAAACACCAUCAACAGCUACAACAACUGCUGCUCCAUCAACACCAACAGCACCUGAAAUUUCUACUACUGCUGUUACUGCUCCAACACCAUUUAUCGAAACAUCCCCUCCCACAGGAACAGAAACACCAUCAACAGCUACUACAACUGCUGCUCCAUCAACACCAACAGCACCUGAAAUUUCUACUACUGCUGUUACUGCUCCAACACCAUUUAUCGAAACAUCCCCUCCCACAGGAACAGAAACACCAUCAACAGCUACAACAACUGCUGCUCCAUCAACACCAACAGCACCUGAAAUUUCUACUACUGCUGUUACUGCUCCAACACCAUUUAUCGAAACAUCUCCUCCCACAGGAACAGAAACACCAUCAACAGCUACAACAACUGCUGCUCCAUCAACACCAACAGCACCUGAAAUUUCUACUACUGCUGUUACUGCUCCAACACCAUUUAUCGAAACAUCUCCUCCCACAGGAACAGAAACACCAUCAACAGCUACUACAACUGCUGCUCCAUCAACACCAACAGCACCUGAAAUUUCUACUACUGCUGUUACUGCUCCAACACCAUUUAUCGAAACAUCUCCUCCCACAGGAACAGAAACACCAUCAACAGCUACUACAACUGCUGCUCCAUCAACACCAACAGCACCUGAAAUUUCUACUACUGCUGUUACUGCUCCAACACCAUUUAUCGAAACAUCCCCUCCCACAGGAACAGAAACACCAUCAACAGCUACUACAACUGCUGCUCCAUCAACACCAACAGCACCUGAAAUUUCUACUACUGCUGUUACUGCUCCAACACCAUUUAUCGAAACAUCCCUCCCACAGGAACAGAAACACCAUCAACAGCUACUACAACUGCUGCUCCAUCAACACCAACAGCACCUGAAAUUUCUACUACUGCUCUACUACUGCUGUUACUGCUCCAACACCAUUUAUCGAAACAUCCCUCCCACAGGAACAGAAACACCAUCAACAGCUACUACAACUGCUGCUCCAUCAACACCAACAGCACCUGAAAUUUCUACUACUGCUGUUACUGCUCCAACACCAUUUAUCGAAACAUCCCCUCCCACAGGAACAGAAACACCAUCAACAGCUACUACAACUGCUGCUCCAUCAACACCAACAGCACCUGAAAUUUCUACUACUGCUGUUACUGCUCCAACACCAUUUAUCGAAACAUCCCCUCCCACAGGAACAGAAACACCAUCAACAGCUACUACAACUGCUGCUCCAUCAACACCAACAGCACCUGAAAUUUCUACUACUGCUGUUACUGCUCCAACACCAUUUAUCGAAACAUCCCCUCCCACAGGAACAGAAACACCAUCAACAGCUACUACAACUGCUGCUCCAUCAACACCAACAGCACCUGAAAUUUCUACUACUGCUGUUACUGCUCCAACACCAUUUAUCGAAACAUCACCUCCCACAGGAACAGAAACACCAUCAACAGCUACUACAACUGCUGCUCCAUCAACACCAACAGCACCUGAAAUUUCUACUACUGCUGUUACUGCUCCAACACCAUUUAUCGAAACAUCCCCUCCCACAGGAACAGAAACACCAUCAACAGCUACUACAACUGCUGCUCCAUCAACACCAACAGCACCUGAAAUUUCUACUACUGCUGUUACUGCUCCAACACCAUUUAUCGAAACAUCUCCUCCCACAGGAACAGAAACACCAUCAACAGCUACAACAACUGCUGCUCCAUCAACACCAACAGCACCUGAAAUUUCUACUACUGCUGUUACUGCUCCAACACCAUUUAUCGAAACAUCCCCUCCCACAGGAACAGAAACACCAUCAACAGCUACUACAACUGCUGCUCCAUCAACACCAACAGCACCUGAAAUUUCUACUACUGCUGUUACUGCUCCAACACCAUUUAUCGAAACAUCUCCUCCCACAGGAACAGAAACACCAUCAACAGCUACAACAACUGCUGCUCCAUCAACACCAACAGCACCUGAAAUUUCUACUACUGCUGUUACUGCUCCAACACCAUUUAUCGAAACAUCUCCUCCCACAGGAACAGAAACACCAUCAACAGCUACAACAACUGCUGCUCCAUCAACACCAACAGCACCUGAAAUUUCUACUACUGCUGUUACUGCUCCAACACCAUUUAUCGAAACAUCUCCUCCCACAGGAACAGAAACACCAUCAACAGCUACUACAACUGCUGCUCCAUCAACACCAACAGCACCUGAAAUUUCUACUACUGCUGUUACUGCUCCAACACCAUUUAUCGAAACAUCUCCUCCCACAGGAACAGAAACACCAUCAACAGCUACUACAACUGCUGCUCCAUCAACACCAACAGCACCUGAAAUUUCUACUACUGCUGUUACUGCUCCAACACCAUUUAUCGAAACAUCCCCUCCCACAGGAACAGAAACACCAUCAACAGCUACUACAACUGCUGCUCCAUCAACACCAACAGCACCUGAAAUUUCUACUACUGCUGUUUCUGCUCCAACACCAUUUAUCGAAACAUCUCCUCCCACAGGAACAGAAACACCAUCAACAGCUACUACAACUGCUGCUCCAUCAACACCAACAGCACCUGAAAUUUCUACUACUGCUGUUACUGCUCCAACACCAUUUAUCGAAACAUCCCCUCCCACAGGAACAGAAACACCAUCAACAGCUACUACAACUGCUGCUCCAUCAACACCAACAGCACCUGAAAUUUCUACUACUGCUGUUACUGCUCCAACACCAUUUAUCGAAACAUCUCCUCCCACAGGAACAGAAACACCAUCAACAGCUACUACAACUGCUGCUCCAUCAACACCAACAGCACCUGAAAUUUCUACUACUGCUGUUACUGCUCCAACACCAUUUAUCGAAACAUCACCUCCCACAGGAACAGAAACACCAUCAACAGCUACUACAACUGCUGCUCCAUCAACACCAACAGCACCUGAAAUUUCUACUACUGCUGUUACUGCUCCAACACCAUUUAUCGAAACAUCUCCUCCCACAGGAACAGAAACACCAUCAACAGCUACAACAACUGCUGCUCCAUCAACACCAACAGCACCUGAAAUUUCUACUACUGCUGUUACUGCUGAAACACCAUUUAUCGAAACAUCCCCUCCCACAGGAACAGAAACACCAUCAACAGCUACUACAACUGCUGCUCCAUCAACACCAACAGCACCUGAAAUUUCUACUACUGCUGUUACUGCUCCAACACCAUUUAUCGAAACAUCCCCUCCCACAGGAACAGAAACACCAUCAACAGCUACUACAACUGCUGCUCCAUCAACACCAACAGCACCUGAAAUUUCUACUACUGCUGUUUCUGCUCCAACACCAUUUAUCGAAACAUCCCCUCCCACAGGAACAGAAACGCCAUCAACUGCUACUACAACUGCUGCUCCAUCAACACCAACAGCACCUGAAAUUUCUACUACUGCUGUUACUGCUCCAACACCAUUUAUCGAAACAUCCCCUCCCACAGGAACAGAAACACCAUCAACAGCUACUACAACUGCUGCUCCAUCAACACCAACAGCACCUGAAAUUUCUACUACUGCUGUUUCUGCUCCAACACCAUUUAUCGAAACAUCACCUCCCACAGGAACAGAAACACCAUCAACAGCUACUACAACUGCUGCUCCAUCAACACCAACAGCACCUGAAAUUUCUACUACUGCUGUUACUGCUCCAACACCAUUUAUCGAAACAUCCCCUCCCACAGGAACAGAAACGCCAUCAACAGCUACUACAACUGCUGCUCCAUCAACACCAACAGCACCUGAAAUUUCUACUACUGCUGUUACUGCUGAAACACCAUUUAUCGAAACAUCUCCUCCCACAGGAACAGAAACACCAUCAACAGCUACUACAACUGCUGCUCCAUCAACACCAACAGCACCUGAAAUUUCUACUACUGCUGUUACUGCUCCAACACCAUUUAUCGAAACAUCUCCUCCCACAGGAACAGAAACACCAUCAACAGCUACUACAACUGCUGCUCCAUCAACACCAACAGCACCUGAAAUUUCUACUACUGCUGUUACUGCUCCAACACCAUUUAUCGAAACAUCUCCUCCCACAGGAACAGAAACGCCAUCACCUGCUACUACAACUGCUGUUCCACCAACACCUACAUCACCUGGAAUCACUACUGUUGUUACUGCUCCAACACCAUUUAUCGAAACAUCACCUCCCACAGGAACAGAAACACCAUCAACAGCUACAACAACUGCUGCUCCAUCAACACCAACAGCACCUGGAAUCACUACUGCUGUUACUGCUGAAACACCAUCUACAGAAUCUCCACCUCCCACAGGAACAGAAACGCCACCAACCACAACAUUUGUUACAUCAACUCUUUUUACAACAGAACCAAUGUUCACGGUGCAUACAGAAUCAACAACUGAAAUGAUACAUACCACAGCACCUCAAAUUAUCAUCACAACGAGCUGUCAUUGCACAUAUGCAAAUCAAACAUUCCCACCUGAGACUGUGAUCUACAACAAAACUGAUAAAGCGGGCUGGUGCUACUUUGCUUACUGCAACUCCAGUUGUGUUAGUGAAAUAACACAGAAACCAUGUCCUCAGACUACUACGAUUCCAGUUUCAACUGUUCCACAUGACUGUACAGAUGUCAACAGAAAGAAUGGAGAGUCGUGGAAUGAAGGAUGUACCACUAAAAACUGCUUAAAUGGGGAUGUCACCACAAGCCCUGUACAGUGUGAUCCAGCUGAUUCUGUUAUACCUACUUGUGUCAAUGGACUUAAACCUGAUAAGGUUUAUUAUAACAAUGGCUGCUGCACUAAGUAUGAGUGUCCAUGUCGAUGCAGUGGCUGGGGUGACCCUCAUUACAAUACUUUUGAUGGAACAUAUUAUGUUUUCAAAGGAAACUGCGACUAUGUGUUGGUCCGAGAAAUCAUUCCGAAAUACAAUAUCAGUGUCCAUGUUAAAAACUACUAUUGCGAAGUUACAAAUAAUUUCGCUUGCCCAGAGUAUGUGAUUGUGAAGUACAAAUCCUAUGAAAUCAAGCUAGCAAGUAACAAUACAGAAAUGCAGGUCUAUGUCAAUAAUGUCAUAAAGGUCCCAACAUUCUUUAAUGAAGACUUCAGAAUUACCACCUCGGGCAUGGCACUUAUUCUAAACAUCAAUGAGAUCAAAGCUGAAAUUUUAGUCAGUCAUCAAGGUUUUGAGAUCAAUCUCCCGUUCUCCUACUUCCAUGGUAAUACAGAGGGACAGUGCGGGGUUUGUGACAACGAUGCCACAAAUGACUGCAGACGUCCCGGUGGAACAAUUGACCAAUCUUGUGAGCAAAUGGCAGCCCUGUGGGCGGACUCACCAGGAUGUGAAACCCCUACACCACGUCCAACCGAACCCCCUCCUGCUUGCGCAGCACAAAGCUGUGAGGUCAUCAAGAGCGAUUUGUUCAAGAGCUGUCAUGACAUCAUUCCCUAUCAAAAAUACUAUGAGGCAUGUAAAUAUGAUGUGUGCAACAAGAAAAAUGACUCCAUAGCCUGUGCCAGUGUGGAGGCCUAUGCACAGCAAUGUGGCCAGAAGUCUAUCUGUGUGGACUGGAGAAACUCAGCCGACCUCAAAGGGCUAUGCGCAUACAAAUGUGCCGAUAACAAAGUCUACAAGGCAUGUGGGCCAAAAGUGGAAAAAACCUGCAGUACAAGAUACAAUGAGAUGUUUGUGGGCGAGAAUGAUCGAACAUUCAUGGAAGGUUGUUUCUGUCCCGACAACACAUAUCUAGUUAGUUCAACAACAGAUAAGUGUACACCUACUUGCGAUUGCAUCGGCCCUGAUGGAUUACCAAGACAGCCUGGAGAUACAUGGACGGUUAACUGUACAACAUACAGUUGCUCCAGUGAGAGCUUUGGAGUUGUCCAAGAGCCUAUGAACUGUCCGACCAUAACACCCUGUGGUCACCAAUACAAAAGCGGGAUUGAAAACUGCUGUCCAACCUGUGUGUGUGAUACCAGCCUGUGUUCUAUGAAAUGUGACGUGGGAUAUGAGUUAUCAGCAGAUAUACCCGAGAACAAUUGCUGUCCAACCUGUGAGCCCAAAGACGUCUGUGUACACAAUAACUCUGAGUACCAGCCUGGAGUUAAAAUCCCUACGGAGCCUUGUUUAGAAUGUUACUGUCAAAUGGAUAAAGACCCACAGACUCAACUACUUGCGGUCAAAUGUGUUAAGAAAGUCUGUACACCUUGUGCUGAGGGCUUUGAGCGUGUGGAACAAGAAGGAGAAUGCUGCGGAGUAUGCAAGCAAAAAGCCUGCAUAUAUUCUGCACCGGACAACACCACACAUACUCUACAAGUUGGAGAAGUGAAAAGUUACAAAUGCGAGAAUGUUACCUGCAGUGAAAUUAAUGGCAUGUUUGUAACGGAGAAGAUCACACCAAAAUGCCCUUACUUUAAUCCAGAUGACUGUGAGGCUGGAACUGAGAGAUAUGAUGCAGAUGGGUGUUGCAAGAUCUGUGAGCCCAAGACCUGCAUUGUUCUGAAGAAAACCACCCAAGUAGAGGUAGAUGAUUGCAAGUCCAUUAACCCCAUAGAAGUGACGUCCUGCAGUGGUCACUGUGGUACCCAAUCCAUGUAUUCAAUGAAAGAGAACAUCAUGAUGCACAGCUGUUCUUGUUGCCGAGAAGAGAAAUUCAGCCGUCGACCAGUGGCGCUGAAGUGUGCCAAUAGCAGUGAGAUCCUUCAUGACUACGUUUACAUUGAGAGCUGCACAUGCACUCCUACAAAAUGUGCUGACUAGAAGACUAGAAGAUCUGACUAGAAGAUGCUGAUCCUAAUCAAAUCUUUUGCUUUGAUUAUAGCUAAAUUAAUAAACAGAACAAAAACUGUGUUUAGAAUAAUCUAACAAAAAAAAUAAUUAACGCUUUUAUUCUAGGGCUAUGGUUUUCACUUUAAAUAUGUAGACUAUUUCAAUAGUUUGUUUGUUUUUCAAGCUUUUUCCUUUCUUCUUUCCUUAAUACAAUUUCUAUAUAAUUGUAAUUAAAUUAAGUGAAUGUUCAACACAAUAAAAAAAAGUUAACCUGC